AUGCAGUUCAAAGCCAUCAUCGUAGCCCUCGUCGCUGCCUCGAACGCCGUCAAUGCCGUGAGCAUCCCCAACGGCGUCCUCGUGCAAGCCAGAGCCGUCGGCGACGCCUGGCUCUCUGCUCGGGCGACCGCUGCCAAGCCUCAGAACAACAACACCAAGGCCGACUGCGACGCGGCCAAGAGGCUGCAGGAGGGCAUCGAAAAGAACAUCCAGGAUCAGGACGGCGAGCUCUCGUCGGCCAAAACCCUUUUGCAGAUCUUGGCCAAGACACCGGUCGACCAGGCCCAGUUCAAAAAGGAAAAGAGUGUGCUCCUGGGCCACGUCUACGACGGCAUCACCCAGCGCGAGGCGAACCAAAAGAUUGCUCCCAAGGGUAACGCUGCUAUUGCUGGGCUUGCAAAGGUCGCCGAUGCGCAAAAGACGGAGCUUUCGCAGGCUCUAACCCUCUGCGGCAACGCGACGGAUACCGCGACGCUGAACACGAUGGUUACGGAGUUUCAGAAUGGAAUCAAGCAGAAUCAACAAAACGCGAAAGACGACCUCAACCAACUUUUUAACUUCAUUUUCUUUUUUUACUUAGCUGCAAUUGCUAGGCUUGACAUACGCCAACGAUCCAGAAGCGCUAGAGACCGUGCUCCUGCCCUUGUACGAGCCGAGCAGCUGGCAGGAGGGCGUGGGGCCUGUCGUGGACAAGCUUGCGGCGACGCACUUGUCGUUCUUGGAGCACGCGAUGAUGCAGCCGUCGAGGGUCGUGGCCUUGUCGGAGCCGAUGACGUCGCCCGUCGCCGGCUUGCCCGUGCAGUCGAUGAAGAACUUCUUGUUGUUCUGCACGUAGCACUUGUUGUUGUCGGCGACGCAGGUCGCCGACCUGGUGACGGUGCCGCUGCAUGCGGGUCCCGGGCAGGUGGUGCAUGUGCCGAACCCGGUCUGGCAUCCAAAGCUGCAGAAGGAGUCGCUCGUGCCGCAGGAGCCGUUCUGGGAGCUGUGUUGUCGGUGCUGAUCUUGACGGUCGAUGAAGGAGCUGCCGAGGAGGUGGUCGAAGUCGUCUUGGUAGUGCUCGUGGUCUUGGAGGUAGAAGUGGACGAAGUAGAAGUCUUGGACGUGCUAGUAGCCGAGGUGGACGUGGAAGUCCUGGAAGUAGAGCUGCUGGUGCUGGUGCUGCUUCUGGUGCUUGAGCUGGAAGAAGUGCUGGUGCUUGAGCUGCUGCUGGAGGAGCUGGUAGGGGUGAUGGUGCUGGUGCUCAAUGUAGUUUGUUGCGCCACUACGGUGGAAACGGACGACGAGCUUGAAGAAGACGAUGAGGUCGACGAAGAAGACGAGGUCAAAGAAGAAGACGUCGAUGAAGAUGAAGACGAAGUAGAAGAGGUAGCCGAAUCAGACGUCAAAGUCGAGCUUACAACCGUGGUGGAAUCAACAGUCGAGCUCAAAGCCGUGGUGGGAUCGGCAGUCGAGCUCAUAACUGUGGUGGAAUCAGCAGUGGAGCUCACAACCGUGGUAGCAUCAGAAGUCGACACAGCAGUGGAGCUCACAACCGUGGUAGCAUCAGAAGUCGACACAGCAGUCGAGCUCACAGCCGUGGUAGCAUCAACCGAGGCAGAACCCGAAGUCGCCUGA